CGUGCACUGACCAUAAGGUAGAAUCCCGGCAAGCAAGCGUGCACCGCACCGCACCGCCAAAGCAGCUUUAUUCGUCUGAUUGAUAGUCGGUAUCAGCAUUUUGCUCCUCUUGCGCCUUUCGACUUGCGCCCACGGAAAACCACAACUACGUUACCGUAGCACACCGCCGAGUACUCCUAGACAACGCGACAUCGACAACCGCCGUGCUCACAGCUCAGCAGUAACCGCGCAAAUCACAACGAGGUGCCCGGUCCAAAGAGCUCCUAAGCUAUACCACAAUGACUGGUCGGGGAGGCGGCGGCGGCCGCAAGAUUCUUCUUCCGCCUAUCAACUGCAUUUUUAAGCUGCUCCAGUCUCAUGCCACUGUUUCGAUUUGGCUUUAUGAGCAGUUGGGCAUAAGAAUUGAGGGCAAGAUUAGGGGAUUUGACGAGUUCAUGAACCUUGUGAUCGACGAUGCGAUUGAAGUGAAACAGAUUACCAAAGACAACACAGAGGAGAAGAGGAGGCCGUUGGGCCAAAUCCUUCUGAAGGGUGACAAUGUUUCCCUGAUCCAAAGCUUACAAUAGAGGCGACUGCGAACAGCAGGCCGAGGAGGGCAGAACGGAGGGUCAGGGGCCUCAUGGGCCCAGUAUGGCUGCUGGCCUUGGGAUGGCGCAUUACGAUUGGGGCUAUGGCAGGCCUGCACCGGCAGGGCCUGCUUAGACGAGUGGAUUCAAAUGGGAUCUGGAAAGGCCGGCUAUAAAGAUUUAUGAUAUUUGGCGUUAUCGGUCCUGUUGGUCUAACUUGGAUGACUUUGUUUCGCCGUUACCUAGGAUGAGGCCGUCAAGGCGGCGGUCCAGAGGUCCCAUCGGCACAGCCAUAUCGGGUUGCGAUGCCAGGAACUGCUCGGUGAGCGCCAGGCCAACCAGUAAAAUGGAACUUGACUCUCGA